GUUUAGUGAUAUAAAGGAAGACACUUUUCUGUUGGGUUUUGGUUUCUUGGUGAGAGAGAGAAAAGAGAGAAAGAGAGGAUGGGAAGAGGAAAAGUGGAGCUGAAGAGGAUAGAGAACAAGAUCAAUAGACAAGUUACUUUUGCAAAGAGAAGGAAUGGUUUGCUCAAGAAGGCUUAUGAGCUUUCUGUACUAUGUGAUGCUGAGAUUGCUCUUCUCAUUUUCUCUAACCGUGGCAAGCUCUAUGAAUUCUGCAGCAGCCCUAGUGGUAUGGCGAAGACGGUUGACAAGUAUAGAAAAUAUAGCUAUGCAACAAUGGAUCCAAAUCAAUCAGCUAAAGACUUGCAGGAUAAGUACCAAGACUACUUGAAGCUUAAAUCAAGAGUUGAGAUCCUUCAACAUUCACAAAGGCAUUUGCUAGGUGAAGAGCUAGGCGAGAUGGAUGUGAAUGAGCUUGAGCAACUAGAACGCCAAGUAGAUGCAUCACUAAGACAAAUAAGAUCAACCAAGGCUCGGUCUAUGCUUGAUCAACUAUCUGACCUCAAAACUAAGGAGGAAAUGUUAUUGGAAACCAACAGAGAUCUUAGGAGAAAGUUGGAUGAAAGUGAUGCAGCACUUACUCAAUCGUUUUGGGGAGGAAGCAGGUUUCUUCAAGCCUCUACAAGGCAAGGCAAUGUAGCAUUGCAAAUGAGUCAUUACAAUCACAAUCCUGCUGCUGUGACAAAUGCAAGCAACUCUGCAACAACAUCUCAGAAUGUUAAUGGAUUCUUCCCUGGAUGGAUGAUUAGGACAUCAUUCAAAGGAGGAUCAUCGUCGAGCAAAUCAUUAGAUGAAGGAAGUGCUUCUGGUUCAAGAAAGAACAGUUCGAAGCAUAGUAAGAAUCUGAAAGCAGAGGAAGCUAAUAAGAAUGGUGAAGGAGGAGUUCAAGCUGAGAGUGGGAGGAAAGUGAUGGUUGUUGUGGACACAACUUCACAAACUAAGAAUGCUCUUCAAUGGGCUUUAACACAUUGUGUUCAAGAUGAAGACAAUAUCACUCUCCUCCAUGUCACAAGAACACCCGUAGGACAAGCUAUAGAUGAGACACAAAGGGAGAGAAACUCAAGGGCUCAUGAACAAGUUCAUCCAUUGAAGAACUUUUGUCAACUCAAGAAACCUAACGUCAAAACAGAGAUAGUGGUGGUGGAGACGGCGGAGGAGAAAGGGAAGACAAUAGUUGAAGAAUCAAAGAAACAAGGAGCAGGCGUUUUGGUUUUAGGGCAGAGAAAGAGAACCUCAAAGUGGCGUGUGAUUUGGAAAUGGCGUGCGAAGGGAGGAAUGGGAGGAGGAGUGGUCGAGUAUUGUAUUCAUAACUCCGAUUGUAUGGCUAUUGCCGUAAGGAAGAAGAGUAACAAUGGAGGUUACUUGAUCACCACGAAACGUCACAAAGAUUUCUGGCUCUUGGCCUAAUUUUUAUUUAACACACAUUCAUCCCAAAAACUUUUUUUUUUUUUUUUUUGUAAUCGAAGCGAAUCUUUUUAAAGAAUACAUGUUUUAUGGAUGAUUGAUGAUCUGUAUUCGUUAUAAGACGUCUUUUUUUCAUGUAAAGAUUUCAUAUUUGUCAAUGUUUGUUAUUGUGUUCAACCUCAAAAGCAAGAAAGAAUAGUAAUAUAAGCAGAGUUUUAUC